AUGGCAAAAGAGCUUUUCGAUGUUAUGGUCGUCCCUGGCUGCGGCAAAGGCCUAGUAGCACGAACCUACAUCCCUCGCGGCACCCGCAUCAUCUCGGAAGCCCCCCUCUUCAGCAUUUCAAACUUCGCCCAGACCUCCCUAACCGACAUCGUCGCCUACGUGACCUCAAUCCUCAAAAAGCUCCCCAAGGACCAGCAACGCGGCUUCCUCGGCCUCCACAACGCUUUCAUCAGACAGGCAUCCCCCUUCUACGGCAUCGUCAGAACAAACUCCCUCCCCUUCGGCCCGGAAUCCCCGGAGCUUGGCCUCUUCCUCACAUGUGCGCGUCUCAACCACAGCUGCUCCCCUAACGCGAACCAUUCGUGGAACAGCGAUACGAGGACGGAGUCUGUCCAUGCUAUCAGAGAUAUCGACCCAGGCGAGGAAAUAACUAUAUGCUACCAGUCCUCGCAAUCAUCACACGCAAACAGAGCCAGCCGCCAGGAUGAGCUCCUAAAGAUGUUUGGCUUCGAGUGCCACUGCAUGAUCUGCGUCCUUCCCGAAGAGGACUCCCGCGAGAGCGACCAACGCAGGGCCGAGAUCGAGGAGCUCGACCGCAUCAUUGGCACCGGCGAGCUGCUAGUACUCAACGCACCCAGGGCUCUUGGCGCGUGCAGGACCAUCAUCGAGCACCUAGAGGACGAGGGAAUACAGGACAUGCGGGUAGCAAGAGCAUACUACGAUGCCUUUCAGAUCUGUGUUUCGAACGGAGAUAUGGCGCGGGCGAGCGUGUUUGCGAGGAAGCAUAUUGAGGAGGUGAUAUGCUGCGAGGGUGAGGACGCGCCGGGGCUGAAGGAGAGACAGGCGUUUGUGGAUAAGCCAGAGACGCACAGGUUGGCAGGGGUGUCGAAGAAGUGGGAGUCGAAGCUGUCGGAUAGGGCUAGGUCUGACCAUGAUGAUUUCGAGGGGUGGCUGUGGAAGAGAGCUGUGUAUGUUUAA